AUGAAGUUGAUCCUGUCCACAUCAAAUAUCAUGACGGUAGGCGGCCCGUCCGUCAUCCGCCCCGUCACAACCGCCAAAUCCAACGUCGAACUGAUCAAUUCCCUGCGCUCCAACUUCCAAGCUUCCCAACAGCCGACCGCCGACCCCACCGACCGACGCCCCGCGGCCACCUGGACACACCAAGGCCCCGACGCCCUCUACAUCCCCGCGCUGGACCCCUCCUCCCCGGGUCUCGCCGAGGAACGCGCGGAGUACGACAUCACCGUGAAGCUGUUCUACCUGCCUGGGAUCCCUGCGUCGCGGCGGUGCGCGCACACGCGGGAGGCCAUCGACCUCGUCCUGAAAGAGCUACGGGUAGACUCGAUCGACCUGCUGAUCGUCUCGUUCCCGGGGAUCCUAUUCGACGCGGAGGACGACAGCGACGAGGAGGAGGACACGCGGUCGUCGGACAACGGCAGCGAGGAGCCCGACGACUUCGACAGCAUGAUCCAGACGUGGCGGGCGCUGGAGGCGCUGCAGGAGAAGGGCAUGAUCGCGCAGCUGGGCGUCGCGGAGUUUGGGAGCGACCGGCUUGCUCGGUUCCUGCCGCACACGCGCGUCAAGCCCUCUGUCGACCAGAUCAAUCUCAAGGACUGCUGCGUUGUGCCCAAGUCGUUGAUUCUGUAUGCGCGCCAGGAGAAGAUCCAGCUGCUGACUCAUAAUGACUGUAAUGAUAUCUUGCCGGUUGGGACUACGCGCGAGCUGCUGGGUCCUGCUGGGGCGGGUAUCCUGGCUUCGACGUCGGAUGCUAAGGAUGGGAUCGAGGGGGACGUUGAGCCGCAGUGGGUGGUCAAGUAUACUGCGGUCGUCAAGGACCGGGGGGUAGUUGAGAACAAGGGGUAUUUUGCGUUGGCGGACAUGGGCAGCUGCGUGAAGCCGCGGGAGUAG